AUGGACAGCAGUCCUAGCUCUGCUGGCACAGAGGAAGCGGGCAGGGCAGAUGUGGAAGGCAAACAACGCACGACGGAGCCUGUGGGCACCAAGAAAAAAGCAGCACACCUGGAAACAAGCAUUGGACGACAUUCGUUAUCGUUUGAGAACAUUCGGGGGCAGGAACCACCGCAAGCGCGAUUGCUGCGCUUGCGUGGCCUGUUUGACCUGCUCAUGGAUCAUGACAGCGAUUCUGCACUGGCCGGAGGUCGUGCCAAGCAAGUCUGGCGCCAUACGGCGAGUCGCGCUCGCUACGGUGCUGGUGGCUGCCUUGCGACAGGCAGUCUUUCUUCACGCCCGGGGACGGUGCAAGUUGCAGUGGACAGUGGCGAGCAGCGCGACACGUCCGAAUCCAAGUCGCCUUCUGCGUACCUGCGCGAAUGGUUUUUCAACGUGCGCCGUCAGUCGUACGCAAAUGAGCUUCUUGGACAGUGCCGCGAGUGCCGUGCAGGGCUUGAGCGCGCACGCAAGGAGCUGUCUGAAGCGCAUGACAACGAACAGGCUUCGCGGAAGUCGUGGUUGACGCGCCAAAAGCAGGCGCACAACACAAGCGACGCUACUGCCGCGACGCGAGCAUGGCAGAGUUUGCUUUAUUUUACACAUGAUGGAGAGGGAACGUCUUUGCUAAGUCGUUUCUUUGGUACCAAGAGCGCGCCGCUGAUGAUGCGCCUCGAGUCGGGCUGGAAAGGCUCGCGCGUUUGGGGGCUUAGCGCUACGGAGGAGGAGAACAAGCAUGACGUGCCGCGCCACGAUACCCAAUCCGCCUCUCAAACGGACGAAACGCAAUACAAGGCGAAGCGCAUGCGUCAGCGGCAGUUGGAAUGGGAAGGGUUUCUGGCAUAUGCCGAGUUUCAAGAACGCGAGCUGUACAAGCUCUUCACAGAACUGGAUACAAACCGCGACGGCGUCUUGGACAUAAGUGAGAUUCGUUCUGGGUUUGCGCGUGCUGGAGCGCAUCCUAGUGAACUGGUUAUGGACGACUUUAUUGCCUGCCUUGCAUCCAGCGGAGUUUCCGACGUCAAGGAGCAGCACAAUGCGCCGCACUAUGUCACGUUCCCCGAAUUUCGCGACUAUUUGCUCCUGAUGCCGCACAAGCCGUCGAUACCGGAAAUCUUUCGAUUUUAUCAGGUACGCAAAGCGGUCGGCCUAUUCGGCAACGAAGGCAUCUUUGCAGAGUUGGGCACGGGCUGGGGAAAGACGGCGAGAGGCGCGUCGGCCCUCACCUUUGACAGCGAUGUGAGCCUUUCUGGCGAAGAGCACCUUCACAGCCAUGCAAAAGAUAGCCACGGGAAUACUGUGGAGCCCAGGAUGGGUGAAAGCACAGGUACCCGUGCAUCCAAGGUUGCACAGCAUGCGCUUCAAAACGGUGCUGAUGACGGCGACGCGGACGAGCAGGAUGAGAGCAGUGCAUUUCAUGGCCACCACGCGCUUAAAUUCCUGCUUGCUGGUGGCAUUGCCGGCGCAGUGAGUCGCACAGCAACGGCACCGUUGGACCGCUUAAAGGUGUAUUUGAUCACGUCGCAAAAGCCGCGAGGCAACGGCAGCACGCGACUGGGGAUGAGCAGCAUGUACGAUAUAAUGUAUGCCAUGCGUGUGAUAUGCAGGGACGGCGGGUUACGCAGUUUUUGGCUUGGAAAUGGGCUCAACUGUAUCAAGAUCUUUCCCGAGUCUGCGAUCAAGUUUUUCAGCUACGAAAUGUCGAAGCGCUGGUUUGCCAAGCAUUAUGACCAUGUAGCGGACUCACGCGACAUUAGUGGAUUCAGCCGCUUCAUGAGUGGUGGCAUCGGUGGGAUUACCAGCCAGCUUUCGAUAUACCCAAUCGAGACGCUCAAGACCAGGCUCAUGUCGAGCGAGUCGCGCAGCAGUAAUCUGCACGGCAUGGCGCUUCUUAAGGGGACGGCAAAGCAAAUGUACGCAAAAGGCGGUAUCCGCGCAUACUACCGCGGCCUUGCUGCGGGUCUUUUCGGCGUGUUCCCCUACUCUGCGAUCGACAUGUCAACGUUUGAAGGAAUCAAGCUGUUCUACCUCAAGUACACACACAAAGAAGAGCCCGGGGUAUUUGCCAUGCUCGCGUUUGGGAGUCUGUCGGGAAGUAUCGGCGCAACGACCGUGUAUCCCCUCAACUUGAUUCGUACGCGUCUCCAGGCGUCUGGUACACCAGCACAUCCUGUAUUCUUUAUGGACGCUGCGAUACAGACCUAUAAGCGCGAAGGUGCUGCUGGAUUUUACCGUGGGCUUGUGCCGUCCUUGGCAAAGGUCGCGCCGGCUGUGUCGAUCAGCUACGUGGUCUACGAAGAAUCCAAGCGACACUUGGGUGUCUCCUAA